CGGUCUACAUGACAGCUAUUUUUGGAGGGAAACCAAGAUUUACAUAAGACGGGAAGUGCAAAAUCAAAAUUACAAAAAAAGGCAGAGACACAUAAACAGUGGAGAAGACAGAGGGCUGAAGAGAGAAGGGCUUUUGGAAGAGACAGAGAGGCAGUAAGCAAGACGUCUGUCCGUCCAUGCUGGUGUAGAGAGGUGCAAUGGAGAUCUCCAGCACACUGGUCCUAGCAGGACUUGUUUCGGUUCUGCUGCUCUAUUUCAGCUGGAGAGGGGGGAGAAGAAAUGUUCGUCUGCCCCCAGGUCCAAAACCUUUACCCCUUCUGGGGAACUUGUUGCAGAUGGAAAAGAGAGCUCCUAUCAAGAGCUUUGUUAAGUUCAGUAAGAUAUAUGGCCCAGUGGUCACUGUGUACAUUGGACCUCAACGAGCUGUGAUUUUGGUGGGUUAUAAAACGGUGAAGGAGGCCUUGUGUGACCAAUCGGAUGAUUUCGCUGACCGAGCUCCAGCUCCAGUCGCGCAAAAAAUUGUGAGAGGCUAUGGUUUAAUUGCCAGUAAUGGAGAACGCUGGCGGCAGCUGAGACGAUUCACAUUGAGCACACUCAGAGACUUCGGUAUGGGACGCAAGACCAUGGAGGAGUGGAUUCUGGAGGAGAGCAAAUACUUGAUUGACAGCUUCUCCAAUACAGACUCAUCUCCUUGUGACCCCACCUACAUCUUGGGUCGAGCUGUGUCCAAUGUGAUCUGCUCCCUCGUCUUUGGCCAACGAUUUGAGUACCAGGACAACAGAUUCCUGCGCCUUCUCCAAAUUCUCAAUGCAGCACUACGUUUUGGCAGCAGUCCGUUGGGUUCGCUGUACAAUACCUUUCCCAGACUGAUGGACCACCUGCCUGGGCAUCACCAUAAAAUUUUUGCUGAAGUAGAUGAGCUUAAGGCUUUCAUCAUCGAGAAAAUCCACCAACAUGAAGAGACCCUGAGCCCUCAUUCACCCCGAGACUUCAUUGACUGCUUCCUUGUUAAACUCAAGCAGGAGAAGGAUAAUCCAUCUACUGAAUUCCAUUAUGACAACAUGGUAGCAACUGUCUUCAACCUUUUCACGGCUGGAACUGAGACUACCAGCACAACCCUCAGAUACGCCUUGAUGAUGCUCAUCAAAUACCCAGAAAUACAAGAGAAGGUCCAUCUUGAGAUUGACACAGUAAUUGGAAAAGAUCGUCAACCAACAAUGGAGGAUAGAAAGUCCCUCCAUUUUACAGAUGCUGUGAUCCAUGAGGUGCAGCGUUACUUGGAUUUGAUCCCUUUCAGCGUUCCUCAUUAUGCUACUCAUGACAUUUCUUUCAGGGGCUACACCAUUCCCAAGGGAACAGUUAUCAUUCCAUUUUUGCACUCUGUGUUGAGGGAUGAAAUGCAGUGGGAGUCUCCUUUGACUUUUAAGCCAGGACACUUCUUGGAUCACAAUGGAAACUUCAAGAAGAACUCUGCUUUCAUGGCCUUCUCUGGAGGUAAGCGGGUCUGUGCUGGGGAGUCCCUAGCAAGAAUGGAACUCUUCCUUUUCCUCGUCACUUUACUGCAGCGCUUCACCUUCUCUUGUCCUGGGGGACCAGACAGCCUGGACCCUACCCCUGAAUUUAGUAAUUUUGGCAGUGUGCCACGCCAGUACCAGCUCAUCGCCACUCCUCGCUAACCACUACAGGGAGUGUGUGAUAACAUAUCAUAUUGCAUGCUAACACAGAGACCAAAGCAUCAGUGAAGCAAGUUGUCAAAGGGAUCAACAAUCAUAUACAACUACUUGUAUCUAUGGCAAGAAAAAUAUAUCAAAAUGACUGUCAACUUUUUGUAUUAAAAAAAUGGUAUUAAUACC